GGCCGCCUCUCAGCCCGCGCCCGGCCUCCGCCGAGGACCAUGGGCGAUGCGCUACUCCCGGCGCGGGGGGCUGCGCACAGGCGGCGCCGGAGGAGGUUGAGUAUUUCUUACGCAUCAACAUUGUUCAGUGGUUUGAUCGUAGACAUUUCUCUUUGUGUGAAAAGCAGAGGUUUGACCUCAUGUGGUCUCAUAGAUUCUGGGUCCAAAUCUCUUGAUACAUGCAGUAGCACCAGCUCCAGUUGCCAUGGCCCUACAGGAUGGAAGUGAAAUGCGGAUAUACAUUGACUAAGGAGUUGGAAUAAGACUGAGUCCUGCUCUGUGAUAUUUAUAUACCUGAACCAUGGACUUGCUGUUUGACUUCAUGCUUUAGGAAUCUUUGUAGUGGCUGUGUGAAGCUGUUGGAAAUCAUGGCAUUCUCUCCAUGGAAGCUGUCCUCUCAGAAACUUGGCUUUUUUCUGGUGACUUUUGGUUUCAUUUGGGGAAUGAUGCUUCUGCAUUUUACUAUUCAGCAACAAACACAACAUGAAAGCAGUUCGGUUCUGCGUGAGCAAAUUUUGGAUCUCAGCAAAAGAUACAUCAAAGCAUUAGCUGAAGAAAAUAAAAAUGUGGUUGAUGGGCCUUAUGUUGGGACAGUGACAGCAUACGAUUUGAAGAAGACACUUGCAGUCUUGUUGGAUAAUAUCUUGCAACGUAUUGGGAAGCUAGAGUCCAAGGUGGAAAAUCUUGUACUUAAUGGAACAGGAGCAAACUCUACCAACAAUACUACCACUCCUGCUCCCAGUUUAGGAGCAGUUGAAAAGCUUAAUGUAGCAGAUCUCAUAAAUGGAGCCCAAGAACAGUGUGAAUUGCCUCCUAUGGAUGGUUUUCCUCACUGUGAAGGGAAAAUAAAGUGGAUGAAAGAUAUGUGGCGAUCGGAUCCCUGUUAUGCGAGUUACGGUGUGGAUGGGUCCACAUGCUCCUUUUUUAUUUACCUCAGUGAGGUUGAAAAUUGGUGUCCUCGUUUACCUUGGAGAGCAAAAAAUCCUAAUGAAGAAACUGAUCAGAAAACAGUGGCUGAGAUUCGUAUCAACUUUGAUAAUCUCUACAAAAUGAUGUCAAGACAUGAGGAGUUCAGGUGGAUGAUGUUACGCAUCAGACGAAUGGCUGAUACCUGGAUUGAAGCAAUUAAGUCACUUGCAGAAAAACAAAAUUUGGAGAAGAGAAAACGAAAAAAGAUUCUUGUUCAUCUGGGGCUUUUGACAAAAGAAUCUGGAUUCAAGAUUGCAGAAAAUGCGUUUAGUGGUGGCCCACUUGGUGAAUUAGUCCAGUGGAGUGAUUUAAUUACAUCUCUCUACUUACUGGGCCAUGACAUCCGGAUUUCAGCUUCAUUGGCAGAGCUCAAGGAGAUUAUGAAGAAGGUUGUAGGUAACAGAUCUGGCUGCCCUACCCAGGGGGAUAAAGUUGUAGAACUCAUUUACAUUGAUAUUGUGGGACUCACUCAGUUUAAGAAAACCCUUGGACCAUCAUGGGUACACUACCAGUGUAUGCUGAGAGUUUUGGACUCCUUUGGAACUGAGCCAGAGUUUAAUCAUGCCCAUUAUGCCCAAUCCAAAGGCCACAAGACACCAUGGGGAAAGUGGAACCUUAAUCCACAGCAGUUUUAUACAAUGUUCCCUCACACUCCAGAUAACAGCUUCCUUGGAUUUGUGGUAGAGCAACAUCUGAACUCCAGUGACAUUAAACACAUUAAUGACAUCAAAAGGCAGAAUCAAUCUCUUGUUUAUGGCAAAGUAGAUAAUUUCUGGAAGGAUAAGAAGGCUUAUCUGGACGUCAUCCACACCUACAUGGAAGUCCAUGGAACUGUUCAUGGAACGAGCACCAUCUAUAUUCCCGGCUAUGUAAAAAACCAUGGUAUACUCAGUGGGCGGGAUUUGCAGUUUCUGCUGAGAGAAACCAAACUGUUCGUUGGUCUCGGAUUUCCAUACGAAGGACCGGCUCCUUUAGAGGCUAUUGCUAACGGAUGUGCUUUUCUAAAUUUAAGAUUCAACCCACCAAAAAGUAGCAAAAACACAGAAUUUUUCAAAGGCAAGCCUACACUCCGAGAGUUGACAUCUCAACAUCCCUAUGCUGAGGUUUACAUUGGGAAGCCCCACGUCUGGACAGUAGACAUCAACAAUCUCUCUGAAGUUGAGAAGGCUGUGAAAUCAAUUUUGAAUCAAAAGAUUGACCCUUAUUUGCCCUACGAAUUUACCUGUGAGGGAAUGCUUCAGAGGAUGAAUGUGUUUAUUGAAAGACAGGAUUUCUGUCACGGGCAGGUGAUGUGGCCUCCAUUAAGUGCCCUUCAAGUAAAAAUUGCUGAACCUGGAAAAUCCUGUAAACAAGUUUGUCAGGAAAGCCAGCUCAUCUGUGAACCUUCCUUCUUCCAGCAUCUCAACAAGGACAAAGCUCUGCUUAGGCACAAUAUCGAAUGUCUCACCAUGGAGUCUGCAAAUGAUAUUCUGGUCCCUUCUUUUGAUGCAAGAAGGAAGCACUGUGUUUUCCAAGGUGACCUCUUACUGUUCAGCUGUGCCGGAUCCCACCCAACCCACAGAAGAAUCUGCCCCUGCAGAGACUAUAUUAAGGGGCAGGUUGCGCUUUGUAAAGACUGCCUAUAGCAGCAGCAGCAGAGCUUCUUUUGAGUUGAGGACAAAAUGUAAGUAGUUUUGAGAGGAGCUACUUAUACUUCCUGCACUUUUGUCCAGGUUUCGCGCUGCAGGCAAAGCUAUCAUUGCUGGGCAGAAUUACCUACUAAGAGAGGAGGGAUUCAUAACAAGCAGCUAACUGAUCUUUUUUUCCUAUAAGAACAUUUGCGGUGUAAGUCUUCAGAUUCCUUCAUCUGUUUGCGAAGAGAAAUAAAUUUCAUGUACUACAGUGAUUUGAAGAUGACUGCACAGAAUAGUUUGUAGAAAAUUCCCAGACCCAUCAAAGUCCUUUUUGUUUGUUUGUUUGUUUUGGGUUUUGUUAUUGUUGUCGUUUGGGUGAGGUGUUUUCUAUUUGUUUAACG